GUAGUCUGUCUCGCUCCAAUGAUAGUAUUUUGCAACCUCUUUUCGUACUGUCACACCGCAGAGCGUCCUUUCCUUUGACUUAUGUUCUUCUAGUCCCCAGGUAACUGCGGCAUCGAUUUUUAUCUCAGAUAUCUAUUCCAUGUUGGAGGACAUACAAGACAUGUACCGGAACCAUCCUCUGUCGUCGGCCAUACGCAGUCUUCGGUACAAGCCCCACGUCCGCAACAUUUUCUAUGGCGGCGUUAUGCUGACGAUCCUUUAUGCACUCUACAACUCCGUGCGGCUACCUGAAUCGCUUUCUUAUGACUUCCCAGAAGAAGUCACGGUGCCCACGCCUCCCCAUAUUUGGGACGAGAGGGCACGUCAGGUGAAGCGGGCUUUUCUCCAUGCUUAUCAUGGCUAUGAGCGUUACGCUGCUCCACACGAUGAACUUAAGCCUAUCUCAACGGGAUACAAAGACAAUUUCAAUGGCUGGGGUGUCUCAAUAUUCGAUUCUCUAGAUACCAUGGUUCUUCUAGGCCUCGAAGGCGAGUAUGAGCGUGCCCGUUCAUACGUUGAAAAGACUCGAUUCGAGUUGGCAGAGCACACCUUUGUUCCCUACUUUGAGACCAUCAUAAGAUACCUUGGAGGUCUUUUAUCGACAUACGCCCUCAACAAAGACCCGAUGUUACUUUCCCGCGCUGAUGAGCUCGCGAAGAAACUAGAUCCUGUCUUCAAUACCCCAAGCAAACUCGCGUUGUUCGGUGUAAACCCAUCGACCGGUGAAGUCGUGGGUCCAGACAUCGGUAUUUUAGCCGAGAUGGCAACCUUGCAAUUGGAAUACACAUAUCUUGCAAAAGCAACGGGAAACAGAGCGUAUUGGGAGCGAGCCAACACUGUCAUUAAAGCGCUAUCAUCAGCCGAUCUGCGUCAAACCGGUGGCAUGUUCCCUAUCGGGUGGAAUUUGACUACUGGACAACCUCACGAUGCGCAUUUAUCUGUUGGCGCUCAAGCGGACAGUGCACACGAGUAUCUUCUGAAGCAGUACUUGUUGACUGCCAAGACGGAUAAGGCUAAUCUUGAAAUGUAUAUUCGUGCCACUACACACAUUAUCACAAAUCUCAUGUACAUAUCUCCCACCCGGCACCUUCUCUAUGUCACUGACACUACGACCCCUACACAUGAAGCGCGAGGAACGCCGACUCACGUCUUCGAGCACUUGUCUUGUUUCCUCCCCGGUCUUUUUGCGUUGGGCGCUCAUACAUUACCUCUAGACGAUCUUGAUUCAAUGGGUGUCAACUUCAUGGAUUUGGGUGCAAAGGGCAACUUCGGUCGUGCUGGAGAUGGAUACCGAAGGCUCAAUAGCUAUAAUCUCAAGGAACUUCAUAUGUGGGCAGCUGAAGGCCUCGCGCAGACGUGUUGGCUGACAUAUGCUGAUAUGCGGACGGGAUUGGGUCCUGAUGAGACACAUAUGCGCCCCAGUGUCAGAAGUGUUCAUGGAGAAGGUCAUCUGUGGAUGGAUUCCAUGGAUAGAUGGAAACAAUCCGGUGCCAGAGGAAUACCUCCUGGUGUCGGUGAUAAAACUCCUGUUAUAUACACUGAGCAGCAGCGAUUACGCGGCGGACCAGGAGGAAGAGAUUAUGCGAUCAAAAAGCCUGGGUAUUUGUUGAGGCCAGAGACGAUUGAAUCGUUAUACAUCAUGUGGCGCGUAACUGGAGAUGCAAAAUGGCGAGAGCGUGGAUGGAGAAUCUUCGAAGCAAUAGAGAGGCAUACGAAAACGCCUUAUGGAUAUGCAAGCAUCAAAUCUGUGGAAGUUGUACCACCGCCCAAAGACGAUGAUAUGCCUAGUUAUUUCUUGGCUGAGACAUUGAAAUAUUUGUAUUUAAUGUUCACCAACGACGACCCGAUAUCGCUAGACAAAUGGGUUUUCAACACUGAGGCGCACCCAUUGCCCGUGUUUGAGUGGUCACAGGAAGAGAAGGUGUUAUUUAAUAUCUAGCGUAGUGAACUGUUUUUGCUUGGACCUACAUAUAGACUGUUUUAUGUGACGCAAUGAAG